CUGUGGUAGUGACUAUAUGUCCAGGCGUUCAUCUGUCAAAGCCGUGCAACACAGGCACGAGUCCAGUGAGGAGGAGGACGACGAAGAGGAGCGCUCUCCGCGUCGCAAUAUGCAUUCAUUCGGGGAUUCGGGCAUGGGCAGCGGUGUGCCCGCAUUUCUGGCCAAGCUGUGGCGCUUGGUAGACGACACCGAAACCAAUCAUUUGAUUUUUUGGACGAAGGAUGGCCACAGCUUCGUCAUACAAAACCAGGCGCAAUUCGCGAGGGAACUGCUGCCCCUCAACUACAAGCACAACAACAUGGCCAGCUUUAUCAGGCAGCUGAAUAUGUAUGGAUUCCACAAGAUCACAUCGAUUGAGAAUGGGGGCUUGCGUUUCGAUCGCGAUGAGAUCGAGUUCUCCCAUCCGUUCUUCAAGCGCAACUCUGCCUAUCUGCUGGACCAAAUAAAACGAAAGAUAUCCAACAACAAGAAUGUGGAUGACAAGGCGGUCAUGAAGCCGGAGGCUGUGUCCAAGAUAUUGAACGAUGUGAAGGUUAUGCAAGGUCGGCAGGACACCAUGGACUCGCGCUUCUCGGCCAUGAAGCAGGAGAAUGAAGUGCUGUGGCGGGAGAUCGCUAGUCUCCGGCAGAAGCAUUCGAAACAGCAGCAGAUAGUUAACAAAUUGAUACAGUUCCUCAUUUCGAUCGUGCAGCCAUCAAGGAAUAUGUCGGGAGUGAAGCGGCACAUGCAGCUUAUGAUCAAUGACACGCCGGAAAACGCACGCGCGCGUACUACCAGCGAAACGGAGAGCGAUGCGGGCAGUGGCCCAGUUAUACAUGAACUCAGCGAGGAGCUGCUCGACGAAGUGAUGCAUCCCAGCACCGGUCAAUAUGACCAGGAGAGCGUCUCUCCACAGUCCGUUGAGCAGCCACAGUCGAUAAGCUUUGACUACUCCAAUCAGAGCGUCGAGGACUUGCUCCGGACUAACAAUGGAGCGGGAGGAGGAGGAGGUGCUGCCGCCGGCAGCCUGCUGCAAGUGGGAGCCGGAGCUGCCUCCCCUCUGGCCUCUAGCUUGAGUCAUUCGCCGGCUGAAGAAAUCGCUUACACAGUGACUGAGCUCCCGGAUGCUCAUGUCCCGGAGGUGUCCAGCAGUCCUGUUUACACCGAUGAGCAUAAUGUGCUUACGCCCCUGGUGCGUGAACAGCAGCGCGAGGAGGAGCGCAAGCGGCAGCAGCUCAAGGAGAAGAACAAACAGCGGCGGCAGACAGGGGAUCAGAUGCUCUCAGCCAACGCCAUUUCAGUCGAUGAAGCGUCUCCCAAGACUGUGCGCACACGCUCCCAGCUUAAGACGAAUUCCCAGCUCAAUGUGAUGCCGCAUCCUGUAUUUAUCAAGACAGAGCCCGAACCCGAUUCCGGAUUGCUAGACCUGAUGAAUGGCACUGACUCGGACAUGUACAACGUGAACUUUAUCACCGAAGAUAUGCCGUCGAAUAUAUUUGAGGACCCCUCAAUGCUCUCCACUGAUCUGGGAGAGGUUGACAAGCUGAAUCAGCAGCAGACAUUCGGCAAGUCCACAGUCAGCAGUGGAAAGUUUUCCAGCAACUUUGAUGUACCCAUAAGCGGCAGCAGCAGCAACUCUCUGCUAGACGCCAAUCAGGCAUCCACCUCGAAGGCAGCGGCGGCCACAAAGGCCACAGCAUCAGCCACUGGGGGCGAGGCAGCAGCAAUGGCUGUGGCCAAGUAUGCUGGCGAAAACAGUGCUGUUCGGGAGGGGAGCAAUGGUCCUCUGAUGAGGAUUAAUUCAGUUGACGAUGUCCACGGGCAUUUGGAUAAUGUGCAAGAUGAGCUAGAGACCCUCAAGGAUUUGCUGCGUGGCGAUGGCGUCUCCAUCGAUCAGAACAUGCUCUUUGGUGCUCUUGCCAGGACGUCCAUUUUGCAGCUGACCGAAGACGACCAGUUGAUAAAGCUCUUCAAUGAUUCGGAACUUCUGGACACCUAUGGCCUAUCGUUUCCCACUGAUAGAAUAAGCGGUGAAAAGAAAGCUUUGAGUGGCUCGGAAAUGAUGGCCUACCAGCCCAGCCCGUACGACCUUUCCGACAUACUUGACACUGACGAUAAUGAAAAGAGCCAGGAGCCCAUCAGUCGUCAGUUGUUUCAGACGCAGAGUUCUGUAUUGAACACACCGCGUCACGAUUUUUAAACGUAGAAUUGAGAGAAGACUUGAAUCAGCUAUUACACGGAUGCUCAGAAAGUGAACAAAAAAGUUGUUUUAAGUUUUCUAUGUGUUGAUUAUCUCUUAUACCCAUUAGUUGAUCUAUAUUUGUUAAUCAUAUUAAUAUUCAUUUCAUUCAUGUCUGUGUAUGUAUGUGCCUUUUGCACUAUAUAUUAAAUAUAUAGCCCUAACCUUAAGCCUAAUCCUAACCCCGAACCCAAUCUAGUUGUAUAGACUAAAAGAAGAACCAGUUAAUAUUUACGAUAAUCAAUUUUUUAAUCGGUGAAAAGUGUGAGAGCCACCCACACCCACGUGGGUCUCUCUUGUAGGUAAAUUUUCGCUAAACGAAGAUUAACCAAAUUAAAUGUUACUCUGAUUUGUAUACAAAGGUA